CUUAGUUACUCUUUGUAUAUACAGUACUCCUUUAGGACUGCUCUCUUUUAUGGAUGCAGCCAAAGUGACUUGUCUGCCAAAUGAAACGGGCUAGUUUGCAAGACAGACGUAUUUAUAUAUAGUUUAAACGAGUGGAAGAAACCUGAUGUUUACCUCACUGAAGGAUAUGUUAAUUACUUGCUGAGUAAAACAAUCUUCAUGUGGCAGGAAAGAAACGUGCUGCGUAUUCCACUACAGGUUUCACGCCUGCGAAUGUUUUUCAGAUGUGAAGCUGCCACGACAGGAAAGCAUGAAUCUUUUUUUUUAAUGAUCCAUUCAAGAUUGCCUAUUUAGGUGGGAAGAGACACAGAGAAGAAGGAAGUAAGAAAACGAAAAUAAUCAUAUGACAGCGUAUGUUCACGUGACAGGCGGGCACUGGCCCCGCCUGCUUCAGAGGUGAGAGCGGAACAGAGCGGCAGUCACUCCUUCUUCUAGUCCGUAUUCGUAGCCGCUGUGUGGGUUGUCAGUUGGAGCGUCGCUGCUUAGUACUCAAGUGCGGAGUUGGCCAAAGAAGUACGAGACUCUUGUAACUUUUACAAAGUGGGAAUUUCCAGGCACUGCACUUAGUCGCUGGUACUUAUUAAAGCUCUCGGAGCGCCUGUCAUAUUUUUGUAAAGGUCUUCGGCGCAAUACGUGUGAAUCAAGCUGCACCCGAUCUUGCUCCCGCAUCCCAACUCUAAACUAGUGAGAAUUGUAUGUUUGUUUCCUUAUGUCCCGCAAAUCCAGUGACAAUGAAUACACCCUUCGGAGCCUGAGCAACCUCAUGGGAGAGAAGAGACGAAACGCGAAAGAUGACAGCGGCGAGAGAAGUCUUAUCAAGGCUGCGUCCAGCUCCAGCAUCAACAGUCAGGGUCCCGCGCCUCCUGUCGCUUCUACCUGUGAUUUGGAGCGGGCAGCCCGCAAGCAAUUCCAGGAAGAUGUCACACCGGCCUUCGUAUUUGUCUUGGCAGGCUUUUCUGCAUUGGGGGGCUUUCUCUUCGGCUAUGAUACCGGAGUGGUCUCGGGAGCGAUGUUGCUACUCAAAAAGGAGAUGAAUUUAAGCGCCUUGUGGCAAGAGUUGCUUGUCUCUAGUACAGUGGGUUCGGCAGCGCUGUCUGCCUUGGCUGGCGGGGUCUUGAAUGGACUGUUCGGGCGCCGACCCUGCAUCCUUCUGGCGAGCUUUCUGUUCUCCCUUGGUGCUAUAGUGCUUAUGGUUGCACCAAAUAAAGAGGUUCUACUUGUGGGACGAAUUAUAGUUGGACUUGGAAUAGGAAUUGCUUCCAUGACUGUACCUGUGUAUAUUGCUGAGUCUGCCCCUCCACAGUUAAGAGGAAGAUUAGUAACUAUCAAUACAUUAUUUAUUACUGGAGGACAAUUUUUUGCCAGUGUCAUUGAUGGGGCCUUCAGCUAUCUUCCUAAGGAUGGAUGGAGAUACAUGCUGGGACUUUCAAUUGCCCCGGGUGUCAUUCAGUUCCUGGGGUUCUUAUUUCUUCCUGAAAGUCCAAGGUGGCUCAUUCAAAAGGGAAAAACACAAAAAGCUCGCCGAGUGCUCAGUCAGAUCCGUGGCAAUCAAAACAUUGAUGAAGAGUAUGAGAGCAUCAAAACAAGCAUUGAGGAGGAGGAAAAAGAAGUAGCAGGAGAUGGCCUCGUGAUUUGGAGAAUGUUAACUUACCCAUCUACUCGAAGGGCUCUCAUUGUGGGAUGUGGUUUGCAGAUGUUUCAGCAGCUGGCCGGAAUUAAUACUGUCAUGUAUUACAGUGCCACAAUUCUACAGAUGGCUGGAGUGAAGGAUGAUAAAAUGGCAAUUUGGCUGGCAGCACUCACGGCCUUCACAAACUUCAUCUUUACUCUACUAGGAGUUUGGCUGGUGGAAAAAGUGGGGCGCAGAAAACUGACCCUUGGUAGUAUAGCAGGUACAGUACUGAGCCUUCUCGUUUUAGCAGUUGGAUUUUUGUUGACAACUCAGCACUCUCCACGCGUUACUCUCCAUCCCACAGAUCCUUCAUCACCAAACAGCACCUGCACACAAUAUGGAUACUGUGAUGGUUGUAUGUUGGAUCCAGACUGCGGCUUCUGCUAUCAGAUGAAUGGGUCUUCCGUGGGUGAAUCCUCCUGUGUUUCUGUAAAUAAGGAGUCAACAAGUCAAGCAUCAUGGGGCAGGUGCUCAAAUACAAGCAAUACAGCACAGGGGAUAUUUUGGGCUUAUAACUACUGCCCCACGCCCUACUCUUGGACUGCGUUGUUGGGCCUUAUUUUGUACCUGGUAUUUUUUGCACCUGGAAUGGGACCAAUGCCAUGGACAGUAAAUUCUGAGAUAUAUCCACUUUGGGCAAGAAGUACAGGAAAUGCAUGUUCAGCUGGAGUGAACUGGAUAUUCAAUGUUCUAGUUUCCUUGACCUUUCUUCAUGUGGCUGAAUACCUGACUUAUUAUGGUGCUUUCUUCCUCUAUUCAGGACUUGCAGCUCUGGGAUUCCUUUUCAUCUAUGGAUGCCUACCAGAAACUAAAGGAAGACGAUUAGAGGAAAUUGAAUCAUUAUUUGAAAACCAGUUAUUUGUAGUACAUUAGUAACUAGGCCUUAUCAAGAUGAUGAGGGAAUUGUGAGGUAAGGUUUUAUCCAGACCUGAAGCAGAUACCUUUUGUAUGAUGCAUUUUAUGAUUUCCUAUCUUUUACAUAGCAGAAUAAAUGUUUACAUGCAGUUGUUGCAUAUGAAAAUACAUAACUAUUUAGUGAUUUUUUCUAAAAAAAAUAUUGUUUUGUGCAAUUUUUGCUGUCUUCCUCUGUAGCCUUGUGUACAAAACUAAUACAUAUUUAUCUUCAAGUGGCAAAGUGAGAUAAAUGUGUUUUAAAUGUAAUUAAUUCAAAUGUUUUUAUUAGUUGAUGCAAAGUUAAACAUCUCAGUAGCUGUCUGAUAUCUGUAGUUUGGUUGGUAUCAAACUGGAUUUUAGCACAAGACAUGGUUGAAGUUAAAUCAUGUAUGUUAUUUGUGACUAGAGCAAACAACUAAUAUUAUCAGUGCUCUGUUUAAUGGAUUAUUUGACCAUUACUUAUGUAUAAAGGUUGUUUAGCUGUUUUGUACCACAUGAUCUGUAUGUAUACCCAAGUCUAAUUACCAAACAUAAUAGCAGAUAUAAUUUAUUGUAUACUUUAUAAUAGGAUUUGGGCAUCUGUGCAAUUACAAAAGAGUUUUGAAAUACUCAGAGGUUUUGUAUAUUUUCUUGGUUAGAGGGGACUGUGACAUUUUAAUGGUACUAUAUAGUGUUUUUUAAAAAGCACACAUUAUCAGGAAAGGCCAAAAUCAUAACGUUUCUUAAAAUUCUAAUAUUAUAGUAUAAUAAACAAUCAUACUUUAAAGUAAGCUUGACAAAUUUUGUUUAAUUAAACUGUACACUACUGGAAGUCACUUUACAAACACAACGAUAUAACUAACUUUAUAUUCAAUACAAUAAUGUGACACAUAAUAUUGAAAUUGGAAAUAGUUUAAAUAAAUUUUGGCAAUCCUGAACUAAUCUUUUAAACCACAAUGUAGGCAUCUAUAAAGUUUAUAAAUAAUGAACAGAUGCCAUUUUCCUAUGUGAAACAUUUGUAAUUGUAAAUUUUAAGUGUUUAUGCAAUAUCAGUGCUGUACAGUUAAUUUGGUUAUUGUUGCUGUUAAUGUUUUAUUAUAAUUUUAACUUUAUAUAAAAUUAUAUAUUCAUUAAAUUCAGUCACUUGAAUAUGUGAAUGGAACAAUAAAUGGAAGCUAAUUAUCUAGCAAAGUGGU